CCAACCAUUUUUCCUUCGUUGAGAUGAGUCAAGGGUAUGUAGAGGAGGUUCUACGUAAUUAUAUCACUGACCCUGAUGCAUGUCCAUCGACUAGUGAAGCUACAAGUGAAUCAGUUUGUGCGACUCGUCCAGUAAUAUCAAGGUUGAUUUAAGCAGUAGUAGUUAACGUCAAACAGGGGGACCUGCGACCCUCCAUAUGACUGAAAUGGGCUUCUGAAUGGUCACGAUUACUCACAACUACAUACAACUACUUCAAAAUGUCCAAUAGGCUAAAUGUUGAGAGUACUUCAGCGAUAGCAACACAAACUUCGGCUUCUUUGAGUUCUUGUAGUCCAAGAAAACAAAAACUCAAAUUAAAAGUCAGAACUCUCCAGAGGAAAAUGAGGAAAUUAUCAGAAGGAAGAGAGGAAGAGAAUAAAUCUAUGGAUCAAUUCCACGAAAUGUGCCUUAGGUAUCUGCCUCAGGACUUGGCAGAUUUCGUGAGAAUUCAAGCAGAGUUGAACAUGCAUAAGGCAAAGGGUAGAAGAUAUAGUGCUCAAUACAAAAAAUUUGCAUUAUCUCUGUAUUUUCUUGGCCCAAGAGCUUACAAUUUCUUCAAAAAGCUUUUCCUUUUGCCUUCAAUAAGAAGUCUUGAGAGGAUUACCAAGGAUAUUUUAUAUAGACCAGGCCUGGACAAUGAUGUUUCAUAUGAGGCUCUAAAAAUAAAAACAAUUAGCCUGCUUGAGCAAGACAGGCAUUGUCUAUUAUGUAUUGACGAAAUGUCGCUCAAGGCAAAUCGGUUUUAUAAUAUAGGACGUGAUGAAAUUAUUGGGAUGAAAGAUUUGGGAAUAGGUGAGAAAGAGUUUAUUCCUGCUCAAAAUGUAACUGUGAUCAUGGCCAGAGGGUUGUGA